AUGAUUUGGCGUCCAGAUUUACUUGUUUACAAUAAUGCAAAUAUGAAUGUACACGAAAGCGAAAUGAUGACAAAUGCUUUAGUUCAACACGAUGGGCGUGUUUCUCUCUUUCGCGCUGUGCAUAGAUUCCCUUUUGAUCAACAAAUUUGUUAUUUAAUGUUAGCUUCUUGGAGUUAUGAUGGAUCACAAGUAAUGGUCCGUCCUGCUGGUGAUGACCAAACAAAUCAAUCUGCUGGAUUAAAUAGAAAUAGUCAAAUGAAUUUAUCUUCCCAUCAUCACCAAUCUUCCUCCUCCUUCUCCUCCUCCUCAAAUUCUGGACAAAAUAAUUAUUUUAUGAAAUCAGCAUCCUUAACACAUUAUAUUCCAAAUAUGGAAUGGAGUUGGGUUUUAAUAAUUAUUUUUUAA